GCGCAAGGAGGAGUAUGUGCUCGCGAUUCGCGCGAGGACCGAAUUGGACAACAGCGAGCUCAACAAGCACGACACGGAGCGGCUCAAACAGAUCUGGUCGCUCGUGCGACCCCGCAAGCCGAAGUCGCCAUUGCCGCCGGGGUGGAAGAAACUGGAUGUCGCGGCGCUCAAACAAAUUUACGAGGACCAAGUCCGCCCGGACAUAGAUCGUCCAAACGACAAGCAUUGGAUCAAGUGGAACCGCCCCACGCUUGUCACAGAGAUCCAUCUCUGGCAUGCGCAAGUCAUGGAGACUGCAGAGCCAGAAGACCUGUUCAGCGAGACGCCUCUAUGCAGCAAGUGCCGCAUACCGAUGUGCGUGCGCACAAAUCGGGUUACCAAGACCGAUUUCCUCGGCUGUGUCAGGUUUCCUCUUUGCAGAGAGACACUACCACUGACAUACAACGGAAUGCACACGAAGCACGUCAUCGAGGACCUCCAGAAGAACGAGAAGGAGGAGAAGGAUCUCAAGGAGCGCGAGAUGAUGGCGGGGUAUCGGAAGGCGGUGCCGAAGCUCACUCGGUCGCUGCCCGUAUCCACCGAGCAAAGGGGCGAGUCCUCCGAUGGUUCAUGGGCGGUGACGGGACCGCAGCCAGUGGACGAGACACAGGACGAGGGGGAGGGGCCGAACCUCUACAACACGAACAUCAGCCGGGAGGAGCUCGAGAUGGUGAUGGAGCUUCGCAAGAGCAAGGAGCACGCCGAGAAGUGA